UUGCUCGGGAAACUUGAGGUUUUGAUUUACCCAAGCCAACGCCUCAUAAAAGGAAGUAACCUCAAGAGCUAAUUGCGUAUUUUAAACCAUCGAAAACUUUACCCGUUAACCCGGAUAACGAUUGUUGAGUCUCACUGUAGAUCGGUUUACAUAAGGACAAUAUCGCUCACUGUGUGCAUUUGACAAUUUACAAUGGAAAUUUCAACGUUAACGACGUUGGUAAAUCUCGUUUACCAGAACGACAUUUAUAUUCUGCAUCUAGUUUCGUAUACAUACAUUGUUACAUCGGUGUUAGUGUUGUUCUUGCUAAUUUCUGGAAUAACCGCCCCGUAUGGUCGCUAUACACGCGAUGGAUGGGGAAUUUUCGUUAAUGGAAAGUUGGCAUGGUUCGUUCAAGAGAUCCCAUCGUUUGCAGUUCCAGUGAUAUUUAUCUUCCAAGAUGCUCCCGGCUUACGAAAGGCGCCGAAUGUUUUGCUAUUUUCAUUGUUUGUCAUACACUAUUUUCAAAGAGCGUGCAUAUUCCCUUUUCUAAUCAGGGGAGGUAAGCCGACUCCGUUCGUGCCGUUCUUUCUCGCCCUUGUGUUCUGCUUCGUCAAUGGCUACCUUCAGUCGGCCUUCCUUCUCUUCCACGCAGACUACGGCAACAACUGGUGGACCAGAACACAUAUAUGGAUAGGUGUGGUUAUCUUUUUCGCGGGUAUGUUUAUUAACAUACAAUCUGAUCACAUCCUGCGCAAUCUGAGACAACCAGGCGAAACAGGCUACAAGAUCCCUAAAGGUGGAAUGUUUAACUAUGUUUCGGGAGCGAACCUUUUCGGCGAGAUUCUGGAGUGGUUCGGUUUUGCGGUGGCCACGUGGUCGUUUCCCGCCCUCGCGUUCUCGUUCUUCACGUGCUGCAACAUUGGACCGCGAGCUUGGCAGCACCACAAGUACUAUCUGUCCAAAUUCGAUGACUAUCCGAAAUCUCGUAAGGCGGUGAUCCCAUUCCUCCUGUAGUCACUUUACUCAAACUCAGUCACGUGACUUCACUCAAACUCAGUCACGUGACUUCACCCUAGAGACUUAACCUGACACCGGUGACUGAGCGGUAUGAACAAACGCCACGAAGCCACAACUAUGAACAUACUGGCACAUAAUGAUUAUUUAAUUGUGUGUAUGUGGACAGGAAGCAUUUAGUUAUUACAAACUGAAAGUGUGUUUGAAUAAAUGCAUUUGCCGUUAUGUAUGAUAUUCACUGUAUACAUAAUUUAAUGCAUGUCUUUAAUUGCGUGGAAAAGUUAUUUAAUGUAUUUUAUGUUCAUAUUAUCUGUGUCAUUUAGCAAUAACUAUGCACGUUGUAUAUGAUUAACUUAGCAUAUUAUAUUCUCCUUAAGAACAUAAUGUAGUUAAAUACAUAGUCUCAAUAGUGUACGUUCAUGUAUGUCCAGUAUUCCUUGAGUAUAAAUAUAACAGGGUAUUCACUGCUAUUCUAAGAACUAUAAUAAGUAUAAUUUGAUGUUCGUUAAGUUCUAUAGUUUUAUCGUUAAAAAUGCGUGCUUUGUUAGCGGCAAAAGUGGGUGAAUUAUUGUUUUUCUUAAUCCCUUCAGUGUUUCAUAUAAAAGAUGCAUUAUUUGAUUGCAGUUUUUACCAUAACUAAGCUUCAAAACAAUAUAUCACAAUACAUGAUUUCAAAAAUAAGGCCAUCAAAUUGUGAAGAACACAAUUUAAAUAAAGUAUAUACGUUGUCACUCAAAAUAUAAACCAUACAAAUAAAACACGGGUUCUUGUC